GGCCCUGCCUUGCUUCGUCCCCUUGCAAAACCUGCACCAGAAUUGGGCAAAGGAAGACGACAGCAGCCGAGGCACGACAGGGUGGCGCUACAGGCUCCCCCAGCCUCAGCUCAUCCUUCCAGGAGUGAGCAGCAGCCCCUCUGCGUGUGCAGCAGGGGUCUGCUGGGAGCGAUGCCUCUAAGUGAGUGACACACACAGGAACCAGGAACGGGAAGCCUCACCCUGCUGGAAUCCAGGGGCAGGGCUGGAAGAAAAAGGAAAACAAGCGGGGUGUGCUCCAGCUCUGCUCUGGGCUCUCCCUCCCUCGGCAGACGCCAGCAGCUGGCUUGCUCCAGCCUUCAACGCACAUUCCAGAACACCGGCUUUCAUAAACACCGCAACUCUCAGCUGUCCCCCCGGGGAGCAGUGCCCAGCAAGCCCCCAUCAUCUCCAAGAAUAAAUGCUGAAGACAGUGGCCGUGUGGACCUGAAUCACCAGGGAGCCUUCCGGAGAAGGGGACUGACAGGGACAGCCACACAGCCUAUAUAAGCUCAGGGGUACAGGGCUCAGCACAGAGCACUGCCCCGGCUCCUGCCCGUCCGAGAGGUGCCUUCGGAAGAGCUACCCUCACGCAGCACCCACCAUGUCCCAGGCUGACGCUCAGGAGACCACCAUCAAGAAAAAGCGGCCCCCUGUGAAGGAGGAGGACCUAAAGGGGGCCCGAGGUAACCUGGCCAAGAACCAAGAGAUCAAAUCCAAGACCUACCAAGUCAUGCGAGAGUGUGAGCAGGCUGGCUCGGCCGCCCCGUCUGUGUUCAGCCGUGCCCGCACCGGCACCGAGACGGUCUUCGAGAAGCCCAAGGAUGCACCUGCCAAGAGUGUCUUCGGCUGAGAGGUGCCCCCCAUCCCCCACCCCCAACUCUGCCACCGCGAACGUCUCAAUGCAAGAGUCUUGCCUAAGGACUGUGCAGCAUACCAGCAUGCUCUGCCCACCUGUGGGUUCCCUGUCUCCAUCACCCUGGCCCUCCACACCCUGCAAACACCAAUAAAGAGGGUGCCCGAGAGGCCCUGGCACCGCCA